UCUACUUGAGCAUCUUAAACGGUCAUAUGAACGCUAUGAGUUUUCCUCAGGCUGUGCUGAAAAACUCAGAGAAGCUUGUUGACGCAGCUCUAGCCAUGAACCAGAAGGUAACUCUUACUAUUCCAUUGUAGCUGUGUUGUAGCACUUUAGAAUGCUAUAGCUGACUACUGUUCCACUGCCCUUUUUCGAAAGGUCUAUAAGCACUUAAUAAGUGGCCCCAAGGCAGUCUUGUUACGCCUAUUAUAUAGGUUCAACAAAGUUUUCCAUUUACCCACAGUUGAUUACUUGUAGUUACUUACAGUAUUGAUCGCUCUACCGUACCCACUCGAUAAUAUUUUUGACAUUUUUGACCUCUAAACAGUUUGCUGCGUGGUAGCCUUGGCGCCAUCUUCACCGUGAGGAGUGAUGCCACUGCUCUUGUGUUCGUUUAUUGCGUUUAUUUGUUCAUGUAUCGGCACUGUGUGUAUCCAUUAAUGAUUAAAUUGUCGUAAAAAUUUAUCUGAUGUUUUUUUAAGGCUUUUUUUAUGACUGAGUUUUAUCUUUUUUUUUUUUCAAUCCAGGUCACCUCAACCUUCUUGCCCACUGCUGUGAAAUUUCACUACGUUUUCAACUUGCGAGACUUGUCCAACAUCUUUCAG